UGUCUACCUAAUGCCCUGUACCAAACAUUCACCACUUCUAGUAACAGGACUUGGUGCUAUUCUGAAUGGCAUAUGAUAGAGCUCACCAGUUACAUCCAUAUGGUUUUUGGUUUUCUGCUUCCAUUCUUAAUCAUUUCUACCUGUUACAUUUCUGUGGCUUUUAAAUUACGAGAUAGAAGAUUUUCGGAAGUUGGUAAUAAAAUCAUCAAGGUGUCUUUAGGUAUCAUAGUGGCAUUUUUCAUCACCUGGGCCCCCUACCACAUCAUGGGUAUAAUCCUGCUCUUCAUUCAAAAUAAAGAAGUGGAGAUCCUUGACCUUCUCUCUCAGUCUCUGGCCCAGUUCAAUAGUUGCAUCAACCCAAUACUCUACGUCUUCAUGGGGAAAGAUAUGAAGAAUAAGUUGAGACAGUCUAUUGGAGAGCUCAUACAAGAUACGCUUAGUGAAAGCUUAUCAAAAACAUCACCUCAUAGGAAUCAGGACAUGAUG